CUCUCACUGUUUUGUGGUUGAAACUCAGCUUCUGACUAUGGCAUGAAACUGCCCAUCCUGCGAUCCAACGCGGAAGACCAGAUCCUGUACCAGACUGAGCGUUACAACGAGGAGACCUUUGGCUACGAAGUUCCCAUCAAGGAGGAGGGCGACUAUGUGCUGGUUUUGAAGUUCGCUGAGGUCUAUUUUGCACAGUCUCAGCAGAAGGUGUUUGAUGUGCGCUUGAAUGGCCACGUGGUGGUAAAGGACUUGGACAUUUUUGACAGAGUCGGACACAGCACAGCUCAUGAUGAGAUCAUUCCCAUGAGCAUCAAAAAGGGGAAACUGAGUGUCCAGGGAGAGGUUUCCACGUUCACAGGGAAGCUCCACAUUGAGUUUGUAAAGGGCUACUAUGACAAUCCGAAAAUCUGUGCCCUGUACAUCCUGCAAGGAACAGUGGAAGAUGUUCCAAAGCUGCAGCCUCAUCCUGGCCUGGAGAAAAAAGAGGAAGAAGAUGAUGAAGACGAAUAUGAUGAUAGCUCCAGUGUUAAAAAACAGGCAAAUAAGAACCGUGUUCAGUCAGGCCCACGCACACCAAACCCCUAUGCCUCAGACAACAGCAGCCUCAUGUUCCCCAUAUUGGUGGCCUUUGGUGUCUUCAUUCCUACCCUCUUUUGCCUCUGCCGGUUGUGAGAGCAAGCCCCACCAAGCAUCAGCAACGGGGCUGGGAGGGAAGGAGUUGGACCAAACACGGUUGCUUUCAAUUUCUCCAUACUGUUCAUAAUUUAAGGAAGGAAAAAAAAAAAAAAAAGAUUCACUUGGAAUGAAUAGUAGAUCCGGGUAAGAGGGAGCUUACCUUCCCCCAGCCAGCCAGCAGUGAGGCCCUCGCCUUCCCCUUUGCACCACGUGCAGCAUCCAGUCCUCCCUGGGGCACUUGAGAGUAAACUGAGUCCUGGCUCUCUGUGUGUUGGGCUGUUGGAAGCUGAUGCUAUCAGUCCCGGGCCGUGUCCCACGCUGAGAGGAAGACACGUGCUGCAAGAUCUCUGCCUUUGCUGGGUGAAGUAAUGGCCCUAAGCCAGGAAGCAGCCGUUAGAACUGGGCCUGCUGCACGUCUUGUCCAGGAGCGUGGAAAUGUUGUGGUGCCAUUGAGUGACUAACAACUGGAGGACAGAGCUUGGCUCUUCAGCAUCUCCCCAGGCGUGUGCAACACAAUGUAUGGUACUCACCUGCAUAAAGAUACCAAGACUCCAACUUGCCGCUCAGCCUCUGCAGAGAAGUUUCCCUCCCAAGAGUGCAAGCUGCGCCGGUAGCAGAGGGAUUUAUAUGGCCUGACUUGCUGCACUGGUCGGGAGAGACUUUCCUAGUGUGACACUUGUAACGGCUGAUCCAUUGCAGAGGGACUCUGCUGUAGCCUGCGAGAGGCUGGUGUUCUGUUAGCAUCUGUUCAGGAUGCACUUAUUUUCUGUAUUGA